CUCCAUUUUGCUCAGCGAGAGACAGAAGUCCUCGGAAAACCUAUUGUGCCAGUCAAGUAUAAAGGGAAUUAGUCACCUCUCAGACCAGUCUAUCGUAUCGCUGUGUUAUUCAGAGAAGCUUGGCAGGACCAUGACUGACGGAGCAGUGUACGCGACCACUACCGAACCGAGCAACCCGGGAAAGAAAUCCUUCUGUUCUGUAACGGAGCUUGGGAAAGUGCGAUUUCCACUUAAAGUCGCACAACUGUUGUUCUCAUUUAUUGGCUUUGUAUGUGAAGAGAUCAUUGACCAAUGUGAAAACUGCGGUGGCCUUUACUUCUUUGAAUUUGUGAGCUGUAGUGCCUUUUUACUGGCUUUACUCCUAAUUAUCGUGUACUGCACACCAUUAAGACAAAAAGUGAAUCCGAACAGCCUGAAGUCUAUUGACUUCUGGAUUUCAAGUAUCACUGGUUUGCUUUUCCUCAUUGCCUCCAUUGUAUUUGCUGCUACAAUGGAUGAUAUUUCUCUGGCAAAGGUGUCAGUGGCUUUUGGGUUUUUGGCAAGUAUUGCCUUUAUUAUUGAAGCCAUCAUCAUGUAUAAGAAUGGAGACAGUCCAUUUACAAAGAAAGCAAAUGUAAAUGGCACAAACAGAAUUCCUGAGGGGCAACCACUAAACAAUCCAAUACAGGCACAAGAGCCAGGAUCAGAGCAAGCUUAAGCAAUAUGCUGUAUUUUAUGCUUCAGUGCAGCCUCCUUAUUUGUUCACUUACAAGACUUAAUGUUAGGGGAUUGUACAUAUAUAAAUGAAGAAUCGAUGCAAAAAGUAUAGCACUUCAGCAAGAUCCAUGCUAGACAAUAAGUUCCUCACAGAUAAAAGAGAGCAUUCUGCUAACUUCCUAUUGAGGAACCCCUUGUGUUCUUCCUUAGGAAGCCUAGUGCAGUAUAAUAUGGUUUCCACCAGAAAUGUCAAACAUUAAAAAUAAUACUCUUUUAUUUGUCAGCAACUUCUCGUUGUUACAUAAUGAUUUAGUGAAAAUGUAAGCAAUUCAGUAAGCAAUGUUGUGUUUUGGUACAAUUGCCACAAAUGAUGACUAAGAUCAAUUUCUUUUUUUAUCCAUCUAGAAAAGUGUCAAUUUUAAGGAAACAUAAUGGGUGCCUUUAAAACACUGUAUAGCCUGCAUCUGCAUCAUUUUUGCUACUGAAGGAGACAUUUUCUUUCAGUUGUCGAGGCUUAAAUAUGUUACUGACAUUGCGGAGAAAUGAAAUAAAAGAUUUUAAACUAA